UGAUGAACUUGACGAACAACACGGCGGUGGUGCGAGCAGACGAUGAUGAGGAUGAGGAUGGGGCGGAGCGUGGGCGGAGCGCGAGGGUCCUGCUGGGAUUCGUUCUGUUCUUGCUGAUUGUGUGGACGCUGCUGGGGAACACGCUGGUGUGCGCCGCCGUGGUAAAGUUCAGGCACCUUCGCUCCAAAGUCACCAACUUCUUUGUGAUCUCGCUGGCCGUGUCGGACCUGUUCGUGGCUGUGCUCGUGAUGCCAUGGGAGGCGAUGUCUGCAGUGGCGGGGGCGUGGCUCUUCGGCCGCGUGUUCUGCGCCAUCUGGGUGGCGUUCGACAUCAUGUGCUCGACAGCCUCCAUCUUGAAUUUGUGCAUCAUCAGCGUGGAUCGCUACUGGGCCAUCGCGAGCCCGUUCCGUUACGAGCGCAAGAUGACGCAGCGUGUGGCCUUUGUGAUGAUCGGCGUGGCCUGGACACUGUCUGUGCUCAUCUCCUUCAUCCCCGUGCAGCUGAACUGGCAUGAGGCAGACGAGGACGAAGACGCCGACAUCCUCGGAGAGUUUAACUUCAACGGGAGCGUUAGCAACGACAACUGUAAAGCUAACCUAAACCGCACGUAUGCUAUCUCCUCCUCACUGAUCAGCUUCUAUAUCCCGGUGGUGAUCAUGAUUGCGACGUACACACGGAUUUUCCGCAUCGCGCAGAAGCAAAUUAGACGGAUUUCCUCGCUGGAGAGAGCAGCAGGACACGACUGCGGCGGAGAGAAUUCUAACUCGCUGAAAACGGCUUUUAAAAAAGAAACGAAGGUCCUGAAGACGCUGUCUGUCAUCAUGGGUGUGUUCGUGUGCUGCUGGCUGCCGUUCUUCGUGCUCAACUGCGUGGUGCCGUUCUGCCAGUGCGUCAGCGACACCACCUUUGCCGUCUUCGUGUGGUUCGGCUGGGCCAAUUCCUCACUCAACCCCGUCAUCUACGCCUUUAACGCAGACUUCCGCAAGGCUUUCUCCUCCAUUCUGGGCUGCCACAAACUGUUUCCCAGCAGCACCGUCGAGGCCGUGAACUUCAGCAAUGAGCUGGUGUCUUAUCACCAUGACACCACGCUACAGAAAGAAGCUCCGCCUCUGAUUCCGCUCAAAGAAGAAGACCGUGUGCUGCGGGCACGUAAGACUUCCUCUCUGAGCUCCUCCUCUUCCUGUGUCGGAGUGGGUGGAGUGUUUCGUGAUCACACUCACGUGCUGCUGCCCAGCGUGGGUCGGUGCGAGUGUGACGCAGAGAUCUCACUGGACACCAUCACACCCUUCACCUCCACCGCCAUGAUGGAGUGCGGCGGGAUCCCGGGACAAAUCAUCAACGAGUGA